GCUACUUGUUUGAGGGAAGAAAAGAUCGAAGCAGCAAUUAGAGCACCAGUUGGGCAAGUCGCACACUGUGCCAUCUUACAAAGCGCCAUUCACAGCUUAGUCUCUGUUAUGUUACUAGCUGUGUUCGAGUUCACAUUUAUUUCAGACACUAAGUGCCAGACACACGAUCUCAUCUCACUCUCGGGUUCUGUGGUCUCCAUUUCACAGACGAGGAAGCCCAGGCUGGGCUGCCCAAGCUGCACAGAGCAGCGCCGAGCUGGGAUUUAUGCUUUCUUCUGACAGUUUCAGAGCCGGGAGCACACCGCUCUCCGGGCACAGGGUUAUCACGGAAAGCGGGGUCACCCUGCCCGGGGUCCUCGGCCCCUGAGCAAGGCUCGCGAGCCCCCAGAAGCACGGCUCACCGCCCCCCGGAGGGUUCGCCUCCAGACCCCGGGGCGGGGCACCAACAGCGCCGUCCUUGAGUCCCAGGCUGGUCCCUGCACCCACCAGCUGGGCGGCUCCGGGUCUCAGUUUCUCCAGCCGGCUGCAGGGAGGAGGCCGUGAGCACUCGGGGACUUCGCCGGGCCCGCCCUCGGUGGGUGGGGCUGGGAGCGGUCACGUGAGGGGCUGCAGGUCCCCGUGCCCCGCCCCGCCCUGCUCCGGCCCGGCGUGAGUCCCCAGCCUGGAGCGCAGGGCGCAGAGCCAGCCGAGCGCGCCGCCACCCCGGGCAACUGAGGCCAGCGCAGCCGCGGGGUCCGCGGGGCCCUGUUCGCUGCUCGGCCCGCUCCGCGCCGGCUGCGCAGGCGGCUGAACUCGCAGCAGUAGCGGCAGCGAGGACUCGAGGGCGGGUGGCCACGGCAGCCGCCGCUGCAGCGACACCAUGGAUCUGUCCUUUAUGGCCGCGCAGCUGCCCAUGAUGGGAGGCGCCUUCAUGGACUCGCCCAACGAGGACUUCAGCACCGAGUACUCCCUCUUUAACUCCUCCACCAACGUCCACGCAGCCUCCAACGGCCAGGGCCAGCCAGAGGAGCCUCCUCGGUCCUCCAAUGACGCCGUCUUGCUCUGGAUUGCCAUCAUAGCAACACUUGGGAACAUUGUGGUGGUGGGGGUGGUGUACGCCUUCACCUUCUGAGGGACUGUUGGCCUCUGGCUGCACCCAUGUUCUGGAACCAGGAGCUCUGGCUGUGCACAUGGCCUCUCCAGGGCCAGAGCCCAUGCAUCAGGAGUCCCCAAGCAGUCCUGAUUUUAAAUAUUCCAUGCUGUGGUCAAGCUGAUCCUGCAUACCUGGGAGCAUAAACUUCUGGAUGCAGAGGCAGGACCAGCCAAAGCCUUAGGAGCAUAUUGGGAAUUCUUGGAACUGCGUUCCAAGAACCUGAGACCAGAGGGAACAGCCCACUGGGCUAACAAUACCGACGUGGCUGGAUGCUGGCUUGCUGGCAGUAAAUAAUCACUUACGUGUCUUGUUUUUAUGCAAACUUAGCACACCUGGUGUGUGGGGUGCCGGGCAAGAGCAGCCCCCAGAACUUGACUGUUCCCAACGCAAUCUUGGUUUCCCACUCGGCCCCUUGGGAUGUUGAUGGUGGUCACUUGAAGGGCCAUAGAAUGUUCCUCGUUUGAGUUGGAAAUGACACCUUUGUCACCUGACCCCUUUUGAGACCCAAAUCCAUCAGGAAACCCAAGGACUGGGGACAUUACUGGUGACGCGGUGGGAUUUCCAGGAUGGGGUGGGGUUUUUAUCUACUGGAUGGACUUUCUCUUCUUUUUAAAAAGAGAAGCACCUUUAAAAACUUGAUCUGCCAAGCAGCUAACUCUUCAGGCCUCCUGCAUGAAGACGCUCUUUCUUCUCUGGGAAGUUACGGAAUUUCAGAGAUGAGUAAGGCUUGUGUCCACCUACUCAUUUGAUGGAUGGGAGGGUGAGGGGUGUGAUUUGCCUGCCGUCAGUGGGCACAUUAACGGAGGGGUCAGAAUAGGAGGCACGUCUCCUGAGUCAGCCCCGGCCUCCUCCACCCCAGCUAAGCACUCUCGGGCAAACUCCUGCCUUCUCAGCUGCCCCCGGGGAGAAUAUCCAGGGGGUCUUGAAGCUGUGCGAGGUGGCAGGAUUGUUGGACAUCUACGUACUUAGACUCACGUGGCUCCCACACACCCUACUGCAGGUGUGAAUGUGCUCUGUCUGAGGCAGUUUCCUUACAUCCUUAAAAGUCAGUGGCUGAGGGGCCCGGCAAACGAGAGCCCUAUAAAAACCGGAGCAGAUAGUAUGGCUUUAGUGCUAGAGGAAUAGUAUGGCAGAGGGCUCAGUUUCUUCUGUCCUUAGGAACUAAGUCCCUGGACAGAACCCCCUUUCUUAGGGAGCUCCCCUUUGCCAACUACAGUGGCAGGGGCUCACGUAUGGGCUCACUCGCUGGCAGGCCAGGAGUGGCUUUCUCCUUGUCGUCUCCCUGUACUGUACAAAAGCAAAUAAAUGGCAAAAACACCCUCCUUGUGCUUGAGAAAUUUAGAAAGCUUAUUAAGAAGCCCUUGUGCAUGUUUGGGGACAAUUGAAAACAGCCUGAAUUUGUCCCUGUGGUCUCAGGAGAAAUGAGUGUUCUUAAUGAGAGGCAAAGGGACAUCUUAAUUGUCCAGAGGCAGCCACUCAUGUCUGGUAGGUUGGCACUGAGCUGCUGUGAUAACAGGAUUACCAGUCGAGCUCCAGACAGUGCCGGCAGUUGGCUGCCAGCUCUUAUUGGCCCCAUCUGUCAGUGUAGCCACACGUCCGUCCACAAACGCUUCAGCCCAAGUGGAGGUCAGGAGUGCAGAGAGCUGGCGUGACCUUUGCAGAGAGGGAGAAGGGAUGUGGGGCCUUCUGUCUGGACUCCUGGAGUGGUGGGCAGGGCGCUGGUGUCUGCAGGAGCAGCCCUCCGGCUGGGUUGGGUAUUAGCCAUUGUGUGCCCCUCAUCCCGGCUGCUUGCUCAGCAGACCCCUCUCUGUCAAGCCCCCGUGUCUGCCCCAUGAGCAAGGUCUUUCUUAGACAGGGUCUUCAUGAGAGACCCAAGGAGGGAGGUCUAGUGCCUGAGCAGGGAGGCAAGGCCAUGCUUGGUGCCUUCUUGAGGAACCUUCACCUUCCUACCCCACAUCCCCAGGGAAGCCUGCGGGCCUGCAGAAAGCAGGUGGCCAUCCCCCGUGCUCCAGAUGGCCUGUGGGGAUGGCAGUGGGAGAGAGGGUCCCAUGUUUGCCAUGAGGAGGACAGGAUGGCACCAGUGUUCUCCAGGUCAUUCUGCGCCCAGGGGUCUCCCUUAUGAACGCUUUUUUCCCCUGAUUGAAAUGUCAGUUAAGUUCACCUCUUGUCUUUUUCUCUUUUCAGUGCCAAGGCCAUAGGUGGUCAGGAGUUCUAGGGACCAGCUUGUCCAAACUUUGCAUUAAACAGAUGACAGAGACUGCUUAGGGUCACUCCAUCUCAUCUCCUAUGGUGUCUUUAUCUGUUUUUAUUUUACCUGCACUCAGGUGACGAGGAUAGACGUGCGUGUCAGUGUCUGAUGAAGGAGUAAGGGGGAGGUUUUCCAGCCAGAGACAGUGCUGCACUCUGCCUCCUGCCUUGGCUGGUAUUCCGUCUGGAUGUUAGGUUAAGUCAAGAAUUCUGACACCACAGCCUGAGUAUUAUGUCUAGGCAUCGGGCUAGAUUCACAUGCACAUAUUUAACCCUUACAAUUCCUUUACAGCAUCAUUGCUCGAAUACACAGGUAAGGAACCAGAAGCUCAGAAGAGUAGAGUAACUUGCCUGAGGCCACACAGCACCAAAAUGAUGAGCUGGGAUUUGAAUCUGGAUCAUUUGGCUCUUCCUGCCUUGUCAUGCAGCCUUUGGGGGCUGGAGGCCUCUUCAGGGCACAUUUAAACCAGGUCUGAGUCUGCAGAGAACCAUUUUCCAAAGCAUCACUUCAUGGUGUGGCCUGGGCCAGUUCUGGCUUCUACGUCUCUGACCAUCCUCAGAGUGGGGCACCCUCGUCCCCCUGUCUGGUGCCCUCUCUCCCCCGGGCUUUAGGGGUGAUGGCCCCUCUUACCUGCCCCUCCCCCACCCUGUAAAGUUGAACAUAAGUCUCUGUGUGUGGCCAGAGAAACUCCUAGAGACCAGCUUCCUUAGCAUGCAUGCAGAGGAGCCCAUGCAGGGAGUGGCUCGGGAAGCCAGGAUUGCAGAGGACAGGCAGCAGGCCAUUUUGUACCCAUUGUAAAGGAGGGCUUGGAUGCCAGCCCAACCCCUAGCCUACGCUGGAAUCCCUCCCUGGAGACGUGAGACUUGGCCGUUGUCUGCUCUGCCGCCUGAAUCCUUGCAGACAGAUGGUACUCUCCUUCCCUAGGGGCAUGACCUUCCAGUUGUUUCAUUAGUAGUGACGUUAAUAAUUAUGAUUCUUACUGCCAGCAUUUAUUGUUCAUCUUUCCUGUGCUGUGUGCCUUUUGCAUUUCAUUUACUUCUCAAAUCACCCGUUGGGGGCAGGAGUGAGGAUGCAGAAAAAUGCACAUUAAUUAUUGCCCCAUUUUUCUGUUGGGAAAGCUGAGGCCAGGCUAAGCUUGUAAGCCCAAGAACCCACAGCGGAGGAGCUGAGAUUCGGAAGCAGCUCAGUUGGCUGCACAGGCCGGGGAGUGACCCUGAGUCUAUCUCCCUGUGUCCACACCCUCCAGGAUGAGCCCUCCAGCGUGGCCCAUCCCAAGCCAGGGCCCCUCAGGCUGGGGCUAUUUGGUCCCAGAAAACCAGGUUAAGGUCUAAGUCCUGAGAAAAGCGGUGAGAGGCAUUAGAGGGCAUCUAAUAGGACCUCUAAUUUGUGGGAAGGCAGCUGGAGCCACGUAGUCAAUUAGUGGAGAGCUGACAAGUGCCCGGAUGCCUGGUGCCCUAUGCCUGGCCCAGGACACAUCUCCCAGCAUGCUGUGCACUCCCCGGGGAGUACAGGGUGGCCCUGGAUGACCAGCCUCAGCUCUGAGAUAGGCAUCAUGUUCUUUGCCAACUGUCACCCAGCCCCCUUCACCAUGUCCGGUCAAAUGCCCUUGGUCUCCAGAGCAAGUCCUGGGCUCACUGGGCUGCUGUGAGGGGUCACCCGGGGAGCUGUGCUUAGGGGUCCCACGGGAGUGGUCAGCUGGAAUGAUCCGUGCCCACCGGCCCACCUCUCCCACCCCACACACUCCACAGGCCCCUGACCUUGGUCAUUCAGUGAGCCGGGCUGAGGGCAGGCUGAGUGCUGAGAGCUCAAAGGGACGGACUUCACAACCUACAAGGAGAAAAGAAGCCUCUUUAAGAAACCCAGAUGAUCAGAAUUUAACUGUGGCCAGUAUUCCCAGCCCAGUGAGUCACUUCUGAGAUUAGACCUUGAGCAUUUUCUUUCCUUUUGUUUUUCAAAAUGCAAACUGCAACGACUGAAGAGGGGACAGCUUCCCCCAGAGUGAGAGGCAGUAACGCAGCCAGAGCAUGAUGGAAUGGUCAGAAGGACAUAAAGCUGACUCCACAAAUUAUG